AUGAAAUUGAAGUACCUUAAUUUUCUUAAACAAGUUAAAGGGAAAAAUUAUAUUACACAUAAUAGGCAAUACAAUAAAAGACAUUACAGUAGUAACUAUAUAAAUAAUAAAAAAAAUAAAACAAGUAACUAUGUAUCUUACCCCAUGCCCACACAAAAUGAACGCAAUCAUAGAUAUAAUUUUGAAGUAUUAAUGAAAAUAAUAAAAAAUAGAGCAGAUGAAUAUAACCUUAUAAAAAUAAAAGAAGCUCAAAAUAAAAUAUUAUUACACUUACCAAAUUUUACAAUAAACGAAGUAAUAUCAACACUUAUCCUUUCUUUUAAAUAUAAUUUAUUAAAUUCGAAAUUAUUACACGAAAUAACAGAACACUUAUUCCAUAAUUCUUCUUUUUUAAAUACCAACCAUUUGUAUAUCUUAGUUUUAAUAGCAAAAAAAAUACAGCCACCAAAUUUUGAUUUUUCACAAAAAAAACAUGUAGAGGAAGUGAAAAGGGUAGAGGACAUAUCAUAUCAAAGCAAUGGCGUUGAGACACAUGAAGAAUUUGUGAACGGCAUAAAUGAAAACAUAAGAUGGCAAAAAAAAUUUUAUAAUGAAAUAAAAGAAAAUAUUUUUUUAAAUUCACCUAAAAUGGAAGAUAAUGAUUAUGAUAAUUUGGGUUGUUUAUCAAAUGAAGAUACUAGCGAUGACCACAUUAUAAAAAAAACAAAUGAAACCCAGAAAGCUGAAGAUAUUGAAAUAUAUAAAAAUGAAACAAAUUACAACAUUCUUGGUGAUAUAGAAAGAUUUUCAUUCGACACAGAAGAAUCUCAAAUUCAAAUGUGUCACGUCUAUGAAGACACCCUUUCUGAUGAUGUUAAAAAUAUAUACCUUAAAAUUAGGGAAAUUUUACAUAAUAAUUAUAACAAUAUAUACCUAAACAUAAAAAAUAACAUGCACAAUAAUUUACUCUUAUUAAAUUAUUUGUAUGAAGAAGGAAUUAUUUCAAAAAGUGAUUUCAUAAAAAUUGUAUAUAACAUUAACACAGAGCUCAGUACAAAUACAAACGAUAACAUAUGGUACGAUGAUACUUGUAAUGAUAAGUAUCAGGACCAUCGUGAGGAUAUUGAUAAGACUUAUUCAGAACACAUUUUAAUUGAAUAUAUAAAAGAACAAACCGAAAAAACAUCGACAUGUGAUCUAUAUAUCCAAAUACAUUUAAACUUGCUUAAAGAUAUGCUUAAAAAAAAUCAUUUCAUUAAUAAUAUAUUUCUUUUAGAAAAAUUAGAAAAUAAUAUUACGAUAAAAGAAGAAGAAUAUAUUUAUAAAAAUAUGUAUACAAAUAUUUUUUCGAGUUUUUUUUUUAAUCUCAAAAAUGUACAGAAUGAUAUUAAUUGGUUAAAAUUAUUUUAUUUAAAUAUUAUAACGUAUGAAAUAUUUAAAAUAUUUACAGGGAAUAAUGUACCUAACGAUAUUCAAGUUAAUUUUUCUUUUCUUAAAAAUAUUAAAUGUGCAGAUAUUUUACAAGAAGGAAAACAUAAAGACAUUAAUUAUGAAUUAUUGGCUGUAAUAUAUUAUUUAAAAAAAAAUAAUUUAUUAAAUUAUACAGUUAAUAUAUUUGAGAACAAUUUAUAUGAUAUAAAAUAUAUUUAUGGAAAGUAUUCCCAAUUUCUUAAUUUAUUAAACAAUUUCAAUUUGUUUGACAUACUUAUGAGUGACAAUUUUUGUAAAGAAGUUAAAACACCGUAUAUUCAUAACAUAACACAAUCUUUUAUCAACACAGAUAAGAUUAUGCGAGGAUCGGAAACUACACACAACAUCAGUAAAAAAAAUCAAGCUCAAAAAAAUGACGGUAUAUUAAUAAAUGACUUUUUUUCCUUUUUUAUGGUUGAAUUUACCUUCAAUAUUACAUCCAAUUUAAAUAAAAUUAAUUUAUGUGAACAAAUAUUUAUAUUAAAAUAUAUACAAUUAUUAAAUUUCAAAAAUGAAUACUUAUCCGAUUUAAUUACUGAAAACUUAUACAACUUUUUCAUAAGAAAACAAUAUAAUUCAGAUAUUAAUUAUUUAUUUUAUUUUUUAGAGUAUAUGCACAUAUUACUUAUAUAUUCUCCACAUGUCUUUUUUAACAUAAUAAAUAAUAUAUAUCUUCCAGGGUUUCAAAAUUUAUUAAAUGGAGUCCCAAACAAAUAUAUAUUUAUUAAAAACGUAAAAAGUAUAUACAACCAUCUUAAUACCGUAAUAAGUCAAAAGGAAAUAGAGCUACAAAAAUUAAAGAAAUACAAUGGGGCAAGUAUUUAUGAAAAAAAUUACUCAACAUCCUAUAAUAAAAAAACGAUAAAAGAGUUUCAAAAUAUUUUAUAUGACUUUUUAUUUCUAUAA